AUGUCCCAACCUCUCAGCACCCUACAUUCAACCCUCUCUCCUCACCUCAACCACCUUCUCACGCGCAUCAAAGCCCAGCCCCUCCUCGCCACCGUUCUCGCCGGCCUCACCACCGCAACCCUCCUCGCCGCCAUAAACGACUACCGCGCCUUCCUGGCCCUCGGCCCCGGCGGCCUCCCCUACAACCCCAUCGGCUGGCUCGUCAACCUCCUCGUGCUCCGGCCCCUCUCCCUCAGCAAGCGCGACCGCCUUUUCAUCGCCGACUACCUACCCGCCAGCGCCGCGACCGAGUACAUCCGCUCUCUCCCGUCACGAAGCGGCGAGCGCGCCCACACCGGCGGCAUUGUGCCACACCGCCAGCUCAGCCAGUUGGCUCCCGAAAGCAUGGCGGCACCACUGCAGCAGAUGCUGCGCGACUUCUUGGACGCGCAGGACGGCCCGCUUAAAGGCAAGCUCGUGAUGCGCAAGAGCCACUACGAGCGGCACAAUGAUGCGCUGUACGUCUCGGACGCCCUGCUUGCGGAGCCGGCGACGCAAACCAAGGUGCCGAGGACGGCGCGCGUGGCAAAAGGCGAGGCGGCGCACGUGCAUGGCGACAGGAGCCUGCAUCUGUAUCUGCACCCGGCGGACGCGGCGGCGGUGGUGGAGAAGGGGUGGGGGGAGAGGCAUCGCUUGAGUAGGACGUGGCCUUGGUGGUUGGGAGGCGGCACGGAUAAGUUGGGGUUGGGCCAUACGUGGAUCAUGCUGUAUGGGCCGAGGGAUGGGGGGGAGUUGGAGGUUGUGAAGGGGGUGGUGGGGGAGGGGUUGCGGUGGAUGGUGGGGGAGAGAGUGUAG